AUGGAGGAUCAAGGCCAAAAUGGGUGGCCCGAGGGCUCGUGGGACACUGGUUCGACAGACGACUCGCUGCUGGGAACCGGCCUAACGACACGCCAUAUAGAAGCAUUCAGCCGAAAAGUAACGUCAACGGCCAGCCAUCUCAUGGGCCCCACGUCCGAUCCUCACUAUCAAAGUGCCUUAACCGACAUCCAUCGCGAACUACGACGACCCGCGCUUCAACGGCGAAUGUUCUCUCUCACCAAAACCUCACCAACCGAUCUCGUUCGCUCGAAACUGUCGACCUCCGAGAUUCAAUCGAGAGCGCUCUCUUCUCUUCCCGACGAGCUCCUCGCCAACAUACCCGAGGAUAAUAGCAAUUAUUCCCUGUUCCAAGGCUUUCAAGCCACUGUUCCCGAAGCAGAUGAACAACACAAAUCACACCGCAGACGAAGCUCGAAACACCAAAAACUUAUUAACGAUGCCGAGCCUACGAAAUUGCUCACAUCUUCGAAAGGAGGUGGUCUCAAGGCUGAGCGGGAGCGAUUGAACCACCGACUAGAAAUGAUGGGUAUACGGAAGAACAUGUGCAGUGCCGAGAUACACGAAAUAGAUAACAAAAUCGCCAAUUUGAACAACAUGCGGCAAAUAGUGCUGGAUCGUCUGGCGGGUUUAGAGAUGGAUGAGACCGAGCUGGAAAAUCAGAUUGUUGAACUGGAUAACAAGAUAGAAGAUAUGGACGAGGAGGAAGAGGAGGAAGCAGCUACGGCUAAAGCGACACCGACGUCGGAAACAAACGAGUCUUCAGAAGACGCCGCUCUCGAUGCGUCAUUCAUGUCCGAAUCUAUAUAUCAGAAGCUUCCGACAACGUCGCCACGGGGUCGGAAAGUGAGAUCUAUAAGGAAAAAAUCAAUGCCUAUUCUUCAUGAGCAUUUUGCUCCAGGCACUGCGAUUAAGGAGAUUCCAGCACAUAAUGAUAUGAUUACCGCUAUCGAUUUUGACUAUCCGUUCGGCACGCUGGUCAGUGCAGCUCUGGACGAUACAGUCCGCGUGUGGGAUUUGAGUGCAGGAAGAUGUGUCGGCUUCUUAGAGGGUCACCAUGCAUCUGUGAGGUGCUUGCAGGUGGAAGACAACCUUGUCGCAACUGGAUCCAUGGACGCAUCCAUCCGUAUCUGGGACCUGAGCCGUGCUCAACCGAUCCCUCAGACCGACCGCAUCAAUAAGUCCGCGCAAGACGAGGAUGCUGAAGAAGGUGACGAACCUAACCCGGCCGCAGCAUCGCACUCUGCGUCCAAUAUGGCCGAUUGCGAGAUAUUCUCGCUAGAAGCCCACGUCGACGAGGUCACAGCUCUUCACUUCCGUGGCGACACUCUUAUAUCUGGAUCAGCCGACAAGACCUUGCGGCAGUGGGAUCUCGUCAAGGGACGAUGUGUACAGACGUUAGAUGUCCUAUGGGCAUCCGCUCAGGCAUCGACAUCCAUCUCGACCAACACCAGCUCUCAAUGGCGCCCAACUGGGCGCCUACCAGAUGCAUCGGCAGACUUUGUCGGCGCUGUGCAGUUUUUCGAUGCAGCUUUAGCCUGUGGAACAGCCGAUGGAAUCAUUCGAUUGUGGGAUCUCCGAAGUGGGCAAGUGCACCGCAGUCUUGUUGGACACACCGGUCCUAUUACAUGUCUACAAUUUGAUGAUGUGCAUUUGGUUACUGGUAGUCUGGACCGAAGCAUUCGGAUAUGGGAUUUGCGUACGGGAUCGAUUCAUGACGCCUUUGCCUACGACAACCCGAUCACAAGCAUGAUGUUUGACACUCGGCGCAUCGCCUGUGCCGCCGGCGAAGACGUCGUCAAAGUUUACGACAAGACCGAUGGCCACCACUGGGACUGUGGUGCCGGAGCCGGCGAGGGCAGCGAAAACGCUUCGAUCGUCGAGCGCGUACGCGUCAAAGACGGCUAUCUCGUCGAAGGUCGACGAAGAUACUCGAUAGAGGCAGGCUCUCCAGUGCGACGCUCCAAGCGUCUAGAGAGCGCAAGUCCAUCCUCAACCCCUUCUUUUGUGCUGCGCGCCACCACUCCUGAUGCCAGGCAGCUACAUUAUACCCUAAGAGCCGCAUCUGAGAGUCCAAGCAAAGAAAGACGGGAUAUGAGAGCAAGAGGCAGUAUUCAUUCUAGCGUCACACCCUCACCACCAGUUCAGCGAACAAUUUCCAGCACUUCUACCCCUGCACCCCCGUCUCUCAACCCCGCCAUCACAACUGAGAAUGAAAAUCUAGAACAGCAGACUGAUCGUGGUUUCUCAUUCUUCCGAUACCCUCGCCUUCCUUCUAUUGGCUUCGGUAGGAAGGCUGCUUCUAUCGUAUUGAGCUCACCGCAAGGUGAAGAUUCUGCAUUUAACGACAACGCGUCUGUGAUAUCCUGGCAGUUGGAGCGGGAGUUGCAUCGCGAUAACCUGCAGCGAACGAAGCCAGAACCAGAGACGAGCUCAUAUGUAAUACCACCAAGAGAAGGGCGCAAUAUUAGAAAGCCUCCUCGGCGGCUCUCAGGACUUACAUGGACGAAUGAUACAACACAUUCCGCAGAACACAACACAACCAUUCACUACGACGACGAUAAUGUGAAAGAUGAUGAAGAGGAGGAGGAAGAAGAAGAAGAAGAAGAAGAAGAAGAAGAAAAGAAAGAAUUCGAAGAAGAAGAUAGAAAGUCGGAGCUUUCUGAUGUCAGGACUGCUCCCGCAAGAACGGUAAUUUCGACAAAUGUUGCCCACGACUCUGCGGACGAAAGUGUGACCGGAAGUUCGCGACCACCAACCUCCGAUCAAACUGCUCCAGUUGAUAAACCUCGUCGACCGCUUCUGUUCCGAAAACAACACGGGAGUAUGAAAGAAACGCGCUGGCUACUUUCCCUUCUCACGAUGACUCUGUUUGUGACAAUUUUCGCCAUCACGACAUACUUGCUUACUGGUUAUCUGGACGCCGCCGAUCUAUUCUCACAGCAGCCCAAUUAUCCUACUCUCAACGCCACAGAGAGAAAUCUAGUCUCUCAAAUAUCGAAAGGAAUGGCGCAACUCGAGAACGAGUUAUCAGUCGUGUCUCGAGAUGUUGUUCGCCUAAAGCACGAACAAGAAAAAGUGGUUGGCCAGGUCACGAUUAUGAGUCCAUUACCCGAGAUCGAGCCACGAAUCAAUUUUCUCUCCCUAGGUUUGGGUACGCGCGUCGACCGAAAGUUUACCAGUCCCAGCGUCGGUAUUCGAAGGACACUUCCUCGACGUCUGUACGAGAGCUUGGGAGGAAAAAUUUUACCACAGCCGAAUCCUCCAGAAACUGCAUUAGAAGCAUGGGACGAUGUUGGCGACUGCUGGUGCGGCGCCCCCAGCAAGAGUGGCCAGGGACAACUACAACUCGCUCUACAACUAGGACAACGCGCUAUACUCGACGAGGUUGUGGUAGAACACAUUUCAGCGAGCGCAUCUCCAGAUCCAAGUGUCGCGCCUCGUGAAAUGGAGUUGUGGGCACAAUUCAAGCCUUUCCGCGAGCAGCAACCGCCGAAACCAACCGAGACUGAAGCAGCAUUCACAAGUGAAUCCUUCAACAAGAAAACGGGCUGGUUCGGUCUUUUCCAUUCUUCCACUGCAUCCUCCUCGUCAUCGUCAUCAUCAUCCUCGAAACCAUUCCCAUCUUCACUCUCUUCAGUCCUAGACUCAAUCCUCAAAACCCUGGAACAAGCCUACCCAUCCGACCCUGAAACGGCAUACGCCAAUGACCACCUCUUAGGACCAACGUACUUCCGCCUAGGAAAAUGGGAAUACGAUCGAGCGGGCAGCGCAAUUCAGCAUUUUGCGCUGGAUGCGUUGAUUGAUUAUCCAAUGCUAAGGGUGGAUAAGGUUGUGGUGAGGGUGAAAUCGAAUUGGGGUGGGAAUCAUACGUGUUUGUACCGGAUUAAGGUACAUGGGCAUGUAUAA